UAAUGGUAUGGCAUGGAAACGAUGAUUUAUAUAUAUCCACCACUCUGGGAGGACCGGCGAAGCAGUUUUUUUUUUUUGGCUCUCGUCGAAUAUAUUGCAAUAAUUUGAAGGAUUUGGGACAAAGAAAAGGGAUCAAUGAUGUGUUCGUUCAGGCACUGAUUUGUGACUGAACAGAACUUCCUUUACCUAACAAGGCGUCUCCACGUACUUGGCAACAUCCUCCCCACCCAGAAAAAUCCUUACAAUGUGACUAGCAGAUUGCUACUCAGCACAGACGUGAAUUGUCGAACGAUUGAUCAGGGGUCCGUCGCAUUACAAUUAAUCAACAGCUUUCUUUUUCUUAUCUGUGGUUAAGACGACGUUAUCCGCAGGAACGCCUGCCAGAAUCGAUACACCACUGGUCCCUGGGCCCUUUGCGUUUGCUUCCUCGAGCAUAUCCACCACUUCGUCCGACACGUCUCCCUGUAUCACGAUUUCGUCUUGUCCCUGAGUGUUUUUGCUGACACUCGCCCCUGCAGCGAAACGCUGCGCAAAUAAUUUCGC